UCUUAUACAAAUUGCCAUACUAACUCUUUAUUUUGAACUGGCAGAUCACAGGUUAGUAACCUGGCCUUGCUGAUUGCACGUAUGCAGAAGAAUGCAGACACUGUUGAGAAAGAUGUACUGCUAGCAGAAGAGCUGCUACUCAUAGAUGCUGACAAUGAGAAAAAUGUUAGGAAAUUACAACAUCAAAAGGAAACAGCAGACCUCUUAGGCCGGGCAGAGGGGCUUCUAAAAGAUCUGUUCCUGGAUAUGGACAAAGCCAAGAAAAUGAACCACCCUCAGGCUGGAGAAAUAGAGAAUGAUGUAAGUCGUCUUCAUGAACGCUGGCUGAAAGACUGUUCCCUUUACCGAGAGCUGUAUGAGCCACUGAAUGAGGUUGAACUACAGCCAAGAAUUAACUGGGCUCUGGUGCUGAACCAAAAACAGAAAGAGGCAAGCAAAGAGGAGUAUGGCCCCACUCUGGCUGACCUGAAGAAGCAGAUUGCAGCUCAUAAUAUCCUUCAUAAGGAGAUUGAGUCUUACAACAACCAGCUAUGCCCUGGAUCAACCAGCUCCCAGGAGGAAUAUGCUGCCAUUAAGAAGCAAUAUGCUAACCUACUGUGCCAGGAAUGUCCAGUCAGUUUAAAUCUCAACAGCUUGUACGACUACAUGCAAGACUGUGAGAAGGAGGUGGCAUAUAUGAGGGAGGAGCAGAACAAGAUCCUUAAACAGGACUGGAGUGAUCAGAUGGUUGACCAUGCUGAUAUCCGCAGACAGAAUGAGAACUUCAAGAAUAACAGGCUGCUGUCCCACGAAAGUGAGGUCAACCAAUUACAGGAUGAUGGAGACCGACUGAUUGAGCUAAAACAUCCUGCUGCCAGCACUGUUCAGGCCCAUAGAGACACUGUGAGGAAUGAAUGGCAGAAGUUUCUGAAUCUUUGCAUCUGUCAGGAAACACAUCUGGACAAUAUAGAGGAGUACAAAUGGUACCAACUGGAUGCAGAUACUUUGUCUGAGUCUUUAUCUAAGCUUGGCUCCUUUGUUGAUGCCAAAGCACUCAAUGGCAAAACCAGCACUGAAAUUCAGAUGCAGCUUGAGGCUGAGGAAAGACCUCUACAGCGCAACGAGCAGCUGUUGGCUGACCUGAGAAAGCGAAGCACCUCUAUCACACCACUAAAGCUUCGUCACACUCCUCCAAGCAAAACUACCACUGUUGAAUCUCUGUGUGACUGGAAAACUCCCAAGCUGGAUUUUUCUCAGGCUUCAUUGAACAGAGGAGACCUGUUUAAUCUGAAGUCCAACACAGACAAUGACAACUGGGAGGUUCAGUACAACUAUGGAACAAUCAAAAAAAUCCCUGGAGUUUGUUUUAUGAUUCCUCCACCUGAUCCUGAUGCCAUCAAUGGAGUUGACCUGUAAGAAAAAAAAAACUACUUUUGAUACUCCGAAGAAGGGCUGGGCAAUACAUCUAAAAUGUAACAUCUCAAUAUUUUUCCACAUUUUCAAAUUUCUAAAUAUUUUUGCAUUUGCUCUAGAAUAAUUCAAAAGGUGUUUUUUUUCUGCCCCAAUUAAAAAAAAAAAAAAAAUGGAUAGAAUAGCUGUUGUUUCUAAGCACAUUCAAAUUAAUUAGUGCAAAGACAGUUUAAAAAAAAAACUGUAAAUGUAACAAUAUGAAAAAGAAAGAAAAAAAAUGCAAAAUGGGUACAAAAAAGCAUUCUGACAGCUUCUUUAUAGCAAUGUAAUUUAAAUACUACAUUCUCCACUGUGUAAAAGUUUUCACAAGUUUUUUGUUUUUUUUUUUAGUUCAAGAGAUGCUUUGUGGCAUGACACUAUUUGCCCACUAGCACUAAAAAACUCUUUCAGAAGGGGAACUUGUUUCUGGAACACAUAAGCACUUCUUGACUAAUUUGAAGGAGUGAACUUGCCUAUUGGUGUCAUCUUUAGCAAAUUAAUCUUAAUUUUCAACAAUUUUUGGAUAUUCACAGUAUAGUAAUUAUAUUACAUUGGUAUAUCAUAUUGAUUAAUCAGUUAUCACAAUAAUAGCCCUAAUAUUCUACUAUUCAUUCAGCUGUACUCCAAAGACAUUGAAAAACUAUGUUACUUUUAAAUCAUAGUUCGUUACUGAGUAAGCCCACAAUUUGAAUUGAUAUUCAAACCUUUGACAACACUUCAUUAGCCAAUAAAUAUAUCCGAUCUUAAAGGGACCAAUAAUAGCCCUGAUAUCUAAACCACGAAAAGCCGCCGCUGCAGCAGGUGAAGAGCUGAUCAGACAUUGAGGGAGCUCAGCGUAAUUUAUGGACUCAAAGUUUGGAGAAACAAACUACACUGUAGUGUUAUCAUAAAUAUCUAUAUUUUGAUACCGAUACUGAAAUAUCUGCCACGGUUCCAUUACUUAUUUUCCACAGUAUCUACCGAAUAUACACCGAUACAAGCUGUGUCUCUCUCUCCUCUCUGACAGUGAGUUUGACACGCAUCACCUCCUGUCAAUUACAGAGUCUGAAUGUCCACACGAAUUGCAGGUAUUCUGUAUAAUUUUAAUUAUUCCCACGCAAAUGUGCCUAGCGCUUUAUUAACAUGAGACCACAGUCAUGUAAUCGCAAAAAACUGGAUGCGAGCUCUCAGAUAGGCCUAACUUAUACAAAUGAACUGCCUGUCCUUUCACUCCGUUAUGGCUUGUGAACAAUCCUUACUUUUAAAGUAGAAAUUAUUUCUCUUUCCUACGGAAAUUCGAAUGGUUGGGGGUUGGGGAGGGGCGAGGUCAUGGUUAGAACGCUUGGUUGAGUGCAUCAGACAAGACGACGAAGAAGUGCUGCUGUAGUGUCAUGGAGUCAUGAGGGAUUAAAAUGUUACAGUACUGGUUUCACAAAAAAGCUUUUGCUAAAAGAUGGAGCAGUUCCCACUUUGUCGGGGACAAUCUGCUGUAUCUGUAUCACAGCCUGUAAGUGUGCUGCUUUAUUUGUUGUUGUGUGUGUUAUUUACGUUUUAAAGUAGAAGUUGUAUGCCGUUUCUGCAAUGUAAUCACUGAUCUAUAAUAUAGAACUGGAUUGCUCAUCACGUCAUUAAAGUGAAGCCGCAGCGCCGCCAUAUUGGUAAUCCCUAGUGUGCGUAAACGUUCUAUUGAAUUAAUAGGAAAUUGUAUGAUUUUAAUGAGAAAACAUCACCUAACAAGUCAGCGUUUAUAAAUCUGAAGUAUUUCUGUACAUUAUUCAAUGCAAACACCGUAGGCAUGUUAACGGUAAUUGUUUUAAAUGUUGGGAAUUUCCCCUACUUAUUAAAAACCUACGUUCAUUACAGUAGUGAACAUCAUGAACAUGAUAAACAUCAGACAGACACGACCUUAACAUAUAAAA